CGAAAAGUGUAGAAAAGGUGUAUUCUUCAAGUUGUUUGGCAAGACCAACGCCCUGUUUGUUUCAUAUAAAUACGCGCGGGUAAAACAUAUUCGAAAUCUAGCCACUGUGUGCCAGCUCAAUCUCAACCAAGACAAUCAAAAUGCAUUUCCUUGUCGUUCUUCCCUUGCUCGUUGCCACCGUGUUGGCCGCUCCUGCCAUUCCCGCUACGCCUUGUCUGACGCAUGCAGCUCCAGUUGCUUAUGGUGUUGCACCUGUGCCUUACGUCGCACCUGCUCCUAUUCAGGUUGAAGUGCAACCCCAGAUCCAGUACGACUUUUCAGCUCCCGUCGCUGUUGCUGCCCCAGCUCCAGUCGCUUACUCCGUUCCAGCACCAGUCCAGGUUGCAGCUCCAGCUCCAGUCGCUUACGCCGUUCCAGCACCAGUCCAGGUUGCAGCCCCAGCUCCAGUUCACGUUGUCCCUCACGCCUUUGAGACACGCGUCCACUACGCCGAGACUCCCGUUGUCGUCGGACAAACUGCCCACAUCAUGAAGCCCAACUUGGGAGCUGGUGCCCAUGUCACCAACUUUGACUUUAUGGGACUCGCCCAGACCAAAGGUGUUGCCCAGGAAUCCUACGUCCAGAAAUCGAAAGUCCUGGCCCCGGCUCGCAGCGUCUCCGAGAUCACUCCGCAGGUGACUGUCCAGCACCCGACCAAAGUCAACGUGCAGAAGGUCGCUGUUGAGGUACCCGUUGCCGCUCCCUACGCUCAGCCCGUCCCCGUUCCAGUUGCUCCCCAAUACGAAAUCCACCAAUACCAUCACGCCGUUGCCACUCCCGCUGUCCACAUGGUCAACGGUGUUCCAUGCGCAGAACACAAGAAGACCUAUUAAUUUUCCCUUUUUUUUUGGUAAUCACCUCUAUCAUUGACUCUUAAAAACUCGUGAACGAUUUCAAUGGAUUAUGUUAUGUUAACACCGGAAUACACGAAUCUCGAUUGUA